GGAGGGGCGGACGCGGAGCCGCCCUGCUCCCCGCCCGGUCCCGGCCCGCGCGGCAGGAGGGCGCACGCCCCGAGCGGCGAGGCCGGCCGCAGAGGCCUCUCGGCCCUGCCCCGUCGGUCGGCCCGGCGGUGCCGGGUGCAGGCGAGGCGCCGCAGGGACGGCGGGCGGCCGGGGCGUAGGGCGGCCUGACCAGCCUCCAGGCCGUGCUCGGGCGCGCCCCGCCCCGCCGCCGCCCGAACAGUUGUUGACAACGGCGUCCGGGCCUGCCCUGCGCGGCCCUGCGCGCCAGACGGAGCGACUCGCGCGCGGCGCAGAGCCCUUCUUUGGCUGGAAGACCCUUUUUGCGGGGGGGCUCUUGUAUGCGGCGUGGGCCCGGCGUGCAGCUCGGAGAGACGGUCUUCACCGCGAGUGCGAGGAGCUCCCAACCUCGGUUCCCUCCCAGGCGUAGCAGGCGGGUGUCGUGGAGUGAAUGAGCACACCGAAAGUGAAUAAACUUAAUUGAGAAUGUCUGAAAACCUUGACAAGUCCAAUAUCAAUGAAGCAGGAAAAUCAAAAUCAAAUGAUUCUGAACAAGGCCUCGAAGAUACUGUGGAAGGUUCUGAAGAAGCUUUACAGAAAAAAAUAAAGUCGGGCUCUCCCAGCACCCAGAGAGUGCAAAGACCUCACUCUAGUCCUCCUCGAUUUGUGACGGUGGAAGAACUUUUAGAGACAGCGAAAGGAGUCACUAACAUGGCUCUAGCCCAUGAAAUUGUUGUAAACGGAAACUUUCGGAUUAAACCAGUUGAAUUACCAGAAGACAGCUUGGAGAAGAGAGUAAAGGAUAUUGUACAUAAAGCUUUUUGGGAUUGCCUGAGUGUCCAGCUCAGUGAAGACCCCCCAGCCUAUGACCAUGCCAUCAGACUGCUUGGAGAGAUCAAAGAGACUCUCUUAUCUUUCUUGCUGCCUGGUCAUACUAGACUGAGAAACCAGAUAAGAGAAGUCUUGGAUCUGGAUCUGAUAAAGCAGGAGGCAGAGCAUGGAGCCCUAGACAUUUCCAAGCUGGCAGAAUUCAUUAUUGGCAUGAUGGGGACACUGUGUGCACCUGCUCGAGAUGAGGAAGUGAAGAAACUCAAGGACAUUAAGGAAAUAGUGCCCCUUUUCAGGGCAAUUUUUUCUGUGCUGGACCUAAUGAAGGUGGACAUGGCGAACUUUGCGGUCAGUAGCAUUAGGCCGCACCUUAUGCAGCAGUCGGUUGAAUAUGAAAGGAAGAAGUUCCAGGAGCUUCUGGAGAAGCAGCCCACCUUGUCUUCCACAGAUUCCCUGGACUUUGUCACCCAGUGGCUGGAAGAAGCCACCGAUGACCUUAUGAAUCAGAAGCAUAAACACGCCCUGCCAGCUGGGGGAGGGGCCGCUGGCUCCGGAGACGCUCCCAGGCCAGACCCUGUGGCUGUCCAGGAUUAUGCGUACCUGAAGCUUCUGAAAUGGGACCACCUCCGGAGACCUUUCCCUGAAACGGUUUUGAUGGAUCAGGCUCGCUUCCAAGAGCUCCAGCUGCAGCUGGGGCACCUGACCGUGCUGGGGGCCGUGUUGCUGGUCACUUUCAGCAUGGCAGCCCCAGGAGUCUCUAGCCAGGCCGACUUUGCCGAGAAACUCAAGACAACUGUGAAGAUUCUGCUGACAGAUAUGCAUCUGCCCUCCUUCCAUCUGGAGGAUGCCCUGAGUGGCGUUGGGGAGAAAGUCUGCCUAGAGGUGAACAGCCACCUUGCCCUGUGUGGGUUCAGCCCCCUCACCACGGACAAGGAGACCGCGCUCAAGGGCCAGAUCCAGGCCGUGGCCAGUCCCGACGACCCCAUCCGCAGGAUCAUGGGUGAGAACCACACUGACGUGCAGUUUUAGUGAUCAACUGCAGUGGACGGAGGGAUAAGGACUUUUCUCUGUGAAGAAAGUUAUUAAUAAGUUUAACAUAACAGGCAUAUGACGUGCCCCGGCUGGCUGCCGAUUCUGAAUGGAUUACUCGGCAGCUCUGUUUUUGUGGCUGUGCUUAUUAUCAUUUCUCCAAGGCCUUAAAUUUCCUGGCAAUAGAGAUGUUGCCGCCACCAGCUUUCCUGGUGAGUUUCAAAGGAAUAGGUGUGUGCUGUGUGAUUUCCAGUGACCUUUUGGCGUGCCCUAAUUUGUAUGUAUAACAUUUGUAUUUCUUUUAAUUUUGAGGCAGGAUGGUAGAGUGGAAAGACUGGAAACAGUCAAGAAACCAGAGUUCUGAUCCCGUGUCUGUUACGUGCUAGCUAGGGCAAAUCAGGACCCCUUUCCAACACCUAUAGAAUGAAAGGCCUAGACUUAAGCUUUAAGCUUCUAUCCAAUUCUGACGUUCUGUGAUAAAUCUGACUUGAAUAACUUAAUUAGACUGCAUAGGAUUGUGCACAAAGCUCCUGAUUUGAAGAAAGAUCUGGGUUUGAGUCUUUCCUCUGUUGCCCUCUUACUGGUUGUCUGAUCCUGGGCCAGUCAGUCUCCCUUAAGCCUCAGUAUCUUCAUCUGUAAAACGGGGAACACUGCUCACACUGCCUGUGAGGAUUACGUGUGGUCAUGGAUAUUAGAAUGCGCUGUCCGUGGGAAAGGACUGUCAAUUGCUCUAACAACAGAGGAGAGCAUGUAACCCUCAGCCUGUAGGCGCACAUCUGUACGUGAUAGAUUGGGCUGUGGGUGUCCAGCUGCCCCUCAGGCAGGCACAUUUUGUAGGCCCACAGGGAAGGUUUUCCUCCUCUGCUGGCCCAAGACUGUUAUUUUCUUUCCUCAUCUGUUCUGUUCAAGAGCUGCAAUCUUGCCUUUCCUUAUCUCCCAACAUCCACCCACCCCCACCCCCCUGAUUUCUCUCCAUCUCCACCUCUGUGUUAUCUGAACUAAAUGGAGGCCUGUAUGAACAAAUGGAUGACUGAAUGGUAGUGGAUGACGGCUGUGAAACUCAUAUUUAAAGGCACUAUCUCAUUGAAAACACAAUCUAAAGAACUACAACGACGUCUGCAAUUGUGUAUUUAUAUUGGACUUUGUGUUAUAUAACUGUUUUAAUGGAUAGCCUUUUGUAUUCAUAGUAUUCAAAGUAACUUCAUGGGAUUGGGGAGGGGAAAGCCUUUAAGCCCAAUAAGCUCUAUUAACCUAUCAAAUGUUUGCUGAUACUUUCAAAAAUAGCUAGAGUCCUAGAAAAUGUGUCAGAAACCUAAACAGGCAGAAUUUUCCUUAAAACUGCCCCAAUGUGGGUUUCUGUCCUACCUGACUAGAUUGCCCUCUGCCCCUAAGCACCAGAACUCAUCUACAGGCCUGGCUGAUGGAGGGUCACUUGUUUAGUUUCGAGAUCAGAUGUGUCUGGAGUUAGUACAACUGUCAGAUUUCACUGUUUUUGCAGUUGUUUUAUCUAAACUAAACAUUGAGAACUUAAAGUGCAACUUCUGACUUAAAAGCAACCUUAAAAUUGAAGUAACACUCUCCUUCCUGUUGCCUCUGCUUUUUAAAGUACUGUCUUCCUUAUCAAAGCAGAACUUGGGUCAGGGCUCAGACAGGGAAGAAAAUUUAGUAAACUGCUGAAUUGUUUUUCUUGACUUUUAUUCCCCAAGUAUGGUAAGCUGACGCUUCUGUUGAAUAUUUAAGAUUUUUAGUUAGUAACAUAGUACCUGAGUUUUGUUACUUGUUAUGAAUUCUCUCUCAAGACUUCUGAAAUUUCUAUUAAAUAAAAUAUAGCUUCACUUGCUGAAUGUCACAGUUAAGGAAGAACUACCAACUUGAAUGAAGUUUGCUUUGGGAAUUGAAAUGUAAAAAACCAAAAUUUAUGAACAUGGUAAUUAUACUUUUUCUGUUGCGUAAAUGAACUCUUAGUUUCACAUAUUAAGUAUAGGCCAAUAGAGAGUUAUAAAAUUACCGAAUAAAUUCAUAAUUAUUGACCAAAGUGGUGUAUU